UGGCAAACUAGUCCACGGAGUCGAUGGCUGCCAACAAAGGUGCCCCAAAUACUCAACAACAUCUUUAUGAACAUCACAGAGGUCGACAUCAUUCAAUACCCAGCAGAGGGAGACAGUGCACCUUGUAUCACCUGGGUUCUGGACUCUUCUGGAUUCCACCUCACAUUCCUGCAUGGAGUCAUGGUCUUGUCGUCUCACUCGUCAGGUUCUGGACUCUUCUGGAUUCUCUCACCUGUGUCACAAACGGCCACCGCAGGAGGUGAAGCAGUGCAGGUGACAGCGUACAGGUGUCAGGUGUGGUCAUGCGAGCAGGCCAGUGAAGAUGACCCUGCUGGCGGGUGACGGCUCCGGCUCCGACUACGACUACAGCGCCCUGAGCUGCGCCUCCGACGCCUCCCUGGACCCUCCCCCGCAGCAGGAGCAGGAGGCCCGCAAGGGAGCGUUCUACAAGAGGGCGCAGCCGGCCCCCCAGCCGGGCCCGGCGUCACUGUCCGACGCCCGCAAACUCCACGCCAUCAUCAACGUGGGCGGCAUGCGCUACCAGCUGCCCUGGACCACCCUGGAGGACUUCCCGCUGUCCCGCCUGGGUCAACUGCACCUGUGCAGCAGCUUCGACGAGAUCAUGCGCGUCUGCGACGACUACGACGUGGCGCACAACGAGUUCUUCUUCGACCGCAACCCCUGCGCCUUCCGCACCAUCCUGACCUUCCUGCGGGCGGGCAAGCUGCGCUCGCUCAGGGAGAUGUGCGCCCUCUCCUUCCGGGAGGAGAUGCUCUACUGGGGGGUGCCGGAGGAGAGCCUGGAGUGGUGCUGCCGCCGCCGCCUGCUGCACCGCAUGGAGGAGUUCGAGGCCAUGGAGCGAGCGGCGGAGGAGGACGAGCUCCUGCGGGAUCUGUCCGAGUCGGACAGCGGGGGGCGCCCCGCCGAGUCCCGCUUGAGUCGCUUCAUGUCCAAGCUGAGAGACAUGGUGGAGAGGCCGCACUCUGGACUCCCCGGGCAGAUCUUCGCUUGUUUGUCCGUCUUGUUUGUCACCAUCACUGCGGUCAACCUGUCCAUCAGCACCAUGCCCGCCAUGAGGCAGGAGGAGGAGGAGGGCACGUGUUCCAAGAUGUGCUACAACAUCUUCAUCGUGGAGACGGUGUGCGUGGCCUGGUUCUCCCUGGAGUUCUCCCUGCGCUUCAUCCAGGACCGCUCCAAGCUGACCUUCCUGCGCCAGCCCCUCAACCUCAUCGACGUGCUGGCCAUCCUGCCCUACUACAUCACGCUGCUGGUGGACACCACCUCCGAGGGCCGCGCCGGCGGCAGCUACCUGGACAAGGUGGGCCUGGUGCUGCGCGUGCUGCGGGCGCUGCGCAUCCUCUACGUGAUGCGGCUGGCCCGCCACUCGCUGGGCCUGCAGACGCUGGGGCUGACGGCCCGCCGCUGCACGCGCGAGUUCGGCCUGCUGCUCCUCUUCCUGUGCGUGGCCAUCGCCCUCUACUCGCCGCUGGUCUACCUGAUCGAGAGCGAGAUGGGCGCGGCGCCGGAGUUCACCAGCAUCCCCGCCACCUACUGGUGGGCCGUCAUCACCAUGACGACGGUGGGCUACGGCGACAUGGUGCCGCGCAGCAUCCCGGGCCAGGUGGUGGCCCUGAGCAGCAUCCUGAGCGGCAUCCUCCUCAUGGCCUUCCCCGUCACCUCCAUCUUCCACACCUUCUCGCGCUCCUACGUGGAGCUCAAGCAGGAGCAGCAGAGGCUCCUGCAGAGGAGGACGCACUUCCUGCUCAGGGGCCACCUGGGGAGCAACCUCUCCCUGGAGAGCGACAUGCUCUUCCCCAUGACCACGUCCGGCGCCCGGGUCGCCUGAAGACCAGGUAAGGACCAGAACUUUCCCACAGACGCAGCCUUUCCGUGUAGCAUCCGAGCGAGAAGAAGGUCAUCUGGCCAUCGCGCAGCGAUGAAUAUCAAACUGAUACCACACUCACUGAUGACACCUACAUCCUAAAUGCUCCAAUUCUAGCUCAUCUAGACCAGUGGUCCCCAACCUUUUUGUACUUGCGGACCGGUCAAUGCUUGAAAAUUUGUCCCACGGACCGGGGGG